AAAUUCGGUGUAGAAAUAGUCCGUUAUGGCGUAGAUUUGGCGUCCUUUAUUUCAUUUAUUUUUGGAUUCGAUGUAUUAGUUUUACAAUUACAAAGAUUUGCUCCAUUUUCAAAUAGAGAUUUUCACAGUUAAAGAAACAAAAUGCCAGAAAUUCAGCCAAUGGAUGUGGCUGUUGCCAAUAGAUUUAUUACUAGUUUAAGCAAAUCACUUCAAGCUUUAUGUCAUGGGUGCAUGGAUUUUGAUUCUGGCAUAGAAAUCAUCGGAUAUAUAAAUGUCAAUAUUGAUAGUGGCAGUAAAGUUGACUAUGUGCUAAAUGAAAAAGUAUUAAAAAGUACAACAAAUUCCAUGACAUUUGUAAGUAACAGCUUUCUUGCAAAAAAAGAACAGAACAAACAUACCCGUGAUGGUGCAUGUUCCCCUGUUGCAGAACUCGCUUCUCCACCUCCAUUUCAAAGUCGGUUAAGGGGUACUUUCCAUGGAUCUCUUCCACGAUCAUCAGUUCCAUUUCAUCAAUCAUAUGGUAUAAGAGGCUCUCAAAAAAGAACUGCUGCAAUGGAUAGAGACUGGAGAAUUUCCCCAAAAAAACACAAGGGUAGACCCCCAUUUUCAUCAUCUUUAAACGAACAAUCUUCCACAAUCCAGAGUUCUGCAGAUGCUAAUUUUAAAACCCCUUUAAGUUCAGAGACAAUCAGUGGUGACGGGGAAGUAAAUAUCAAAAAGGAGGUAAUGGAAAGUGAAGGUGAAACAGUGACAUUUGAUUCUGAUCAAUUAAACCAAAAUGAAGAAAAAUCAAAUUCCGAAUCAUUAUCAGCUAUCAAAACUGACCCAGAUGCAUCAGGAUUUACUGAUGGAGAAGCUCCUGCAUCUGAUGAUGCAAUCGGUGACAAUCAAAGUGAUUUCAAAGGAACAUUUCUUCAGCCAUCAUCAGAAGAAUUUGCUUCUGAACAAACGGAAAAACAAAGUGGUAUUCAAUCUGAAGCAUCUACCUCAGACUCUUUCAAACAUAAAAGUGGCCAUUUAAGUGGUAGCUCUGCUGAUGCUCAUGAUGAUACUGCUGGGGAAAAUAUAGCCUCUGGUUCAGAUAUGCCAGCAGACUAUGAUGAAACUGGAGAAGAAGGAGCAUAUCCUCAAUCAGUUUAUUCUGAUGCUGGUGAAGGGUCUAGUGAUACAGGACAAUUUGAAGUUAUUGAAAUUGAUGAUGAAGAUGAAGAUGUACAGGCAAUGUUUGCAGAGUCUCAGUCGAGAAAAGUUAAUCAAGUACAGAUCCAGAAUUCCACCCAUAAUUUUACAGAAGCAUCCACUAGUGAGUCUAUGAAUCAAAUGAUUUGGUGUCAUAUAUGUUCACUGGGACUACCGUCAGUUAAAUUAUACCAUUUACACAUGUGUGAAUAUCAUACAGAAGCCAUGCCAUACUCUUGUGAUAUCUGCCAGAAAUAUUUCCCCACUAGAAAUAGCUUUCAUCUUCAUAUGAGAAACCACCGUGGUAGACAGUUUAUAUGUGGCAUCUGUGAGGCAAGGUUCAAAUUAAAACAUCAUCUUAAAAAACACAUGAGAUGCAUCCACAAGCUAGCCCAGUGUGGCAGAUGCAUGGCUACUUUCAAUACUAUUGACGAGUAUAAUAUCCACAUGUUAAAUUGUUUGUGAAAUUAAUGGAGCUUGUAGGGAAAAAAGGAUUGUAGUUGUUGAUGAUGUUUGAUGUACCAAUAACUAGAAAGGUUUUCUGUGUUCCAGGAAUCCAGCACACAUUUCCUCAUGAGCAUAGGACACAGAGCUUUGCAUCCACCAGCUCAGCCCUUUCAUUCACUGAGGGGUUCCCUGUCCAGUGCAAGCUCUGUCCGCAGGUCUUGUACUCCACCGUCAUGUUCAACCGCCACCUUGCCUCCAUUCACCCCCAUCUCCUGCCUUUCAAAUGCAAAAUCUGCGGGAAAGGUUUACAGACCAGAAGUGGCCUCCACCUUCAUAUGGCCACGCAUGGAGAGAGAAAAUUUCUUUGCACGGUCUGUGACUGUAAAUUUAAGUUCAAACAUCAUUUACAAGGGCACAUGAAGAAUGUUCACAAUCUGUUUUAAUAUGAACUGUAUUUAUUAGCAUUUAAUUUACUGUUGUGAUUCUCUGUUUUGGUACAUUCAGCUAGUGAGUUUGAAUACAUAGAAUAGUUACAUGUUUUAUUACCUGUGUCUGGUAAGAUUUCAUCUCCUACAUGUUGAUGAUUGUAUUUAUUUCUUUAGAAUCACCCAUCCACUCAUCAUGUUUAUACUGAUCAUGUAAAUAAAAAUAUAUACCUAAGAUGCAGGUUCUGUCAUAGAGAUGACAUUUUACUGUAAUGAUCUUUUAACACAUUCAUUUACUCCAUUUAUCAUAUGAAUCAUUUUACUUUUAAAAAACUUGUUUUUAUUUUUAAAAUUUAUUUUGACUUGUUUUAUUUGUUAUGCUUUCACUUUCAAUAUUUCUAACUUGCUUUAUUGUUUCAAGCAUACUGCUUAAAACAGGUUCUCCUUAAUUAACAAAAAUGUUACUGUUUUUCUGAAACUAUUUUCUCAGUCUUUGGUUUUGGGUGUCAUCGCAUAUCUCUGUAAUAUGGUAAUUUCAUGUUUAUGUAUUUUUUUAUUUUCUUACCCAGUUAAUCCAAUUCAGUAAAACAUACUGGCAAAAGUUUAUAAUGAUGCAUGUUAAUUUUUGGUUAAGUUUACUUUGUUUAAUUGUAGACUUGUUACAAAAUAAAAGUUUGAAAUGAAACCAUUUGUCUGUUAUUGUUUGAAUAGUUUGUGGUGCUGCACUGUAGCCUUUUUCACA